GGCGGCGGCCCUUGAGGCUGAGGCAGGGGCGGCGGGACGAGCAGCAGCUGGAGCGGCGCCGCGGGGAAGGCUGGGCCUGGAGCAGCGGCGGCAGGUGGAGCUGCUGAGGGAGCCCUUCGGAAGCCGCCGGCCACACGCGAGGCAGGCCCGGCUGGGCGCCAUGAGCCAAGGCAGCGGAAGCGGAGGAGGAGGAGGCGGCGGCGGCGGGGAACCCGAGGCCAAAGCCCUCCACACCAAGAGGCUCUACCGAGCUGUGGUAGAAGCCGUGCAUAGACUGGAUCUCAUUCUUGGAAACAAGGCAGCUUAUCAAGAAGUUUUUAAACCAGAGAACAUCAGCUUGAGAAACAAGUUACGUGAACUAUGUGUGAAGCUGAUGUUCUUGCACCCAGUGGAUUAUGGGAGGAAAGCAGAAGAGCUGCUGUGGAGGAAAGUUUACUAUGAAGUCAUUCAGCUCAUUAAAACAAACAAAAAGCACAUUCAUAGUCGCAGCACCCUGGAAUGUGCCUACCGGACUCACCUUAUUGCUGGCAUCGGUUUUUACCAACACCUUCUUCUCUAUAUCCAGUCUCAUUAUCAGUUAGAGCUGCAGGGCUGUAUUGACUGGACACAUGUUACGGAUCCUCUGAUAGGCUGCAAGAAGCCUGUAUCUGCAUCGGAGAAGGAGAUGGAAUGGGCGCAGAUGGCCUGCCACCGGUGUCUGGUUUACCUGGGGGAUUUAGCUCGGUAUCAGAAUGAAUUAGCAGGUGUGGACACAGAAUUGCUGGCCGAGAGAUUUUACUAUCAAGCCCUUUCUGUUGCACCACAAAUUGGUAUGCCUUUUAACCAGCUGGGAACACUGGCGGGGAGCAACUACUACAAUGUGGAAGCCACCUACUGCUACCUGCGCUGUAUCCAGUCUGAAGUGUCCUUUGAAGGUGCUUAUGGGAAUCUCAAACGCCUGUACGAUAAGGCGGCCAAAAUGUAUCACCAGCUGAAGAAAUGUGAAACCAGGAAACUGUCACCCAGCAAAAAGAGGUGCAAAGACAUUAAGAGGUUACUGGUGAGUUUCAUGUACUUGCAGAGCCUCCUUCAGCCAAAGAGCAGUUCUGCAGACUCUGAGCUGACGUCUCUCUGCCAGUCGGUUCUGGAGGAUUUCAACCUCUGCCUCUUCUACUUGCCCUCUUCGCCCAACAUGAGCUCUGCCAACGACGACGAAGAGGAGUGCGAGAAUGGCUACUCCUUCCUGCCAGACCUCCUCAUCUUCCGGAUGGUCAUUGUCUGUUUGAUGAGCGUCCACAGCCUCAAGAGGGCAGGCUCCAAGCAGUAUAGUGCAGCCAUUGCAUUCACACUGGCCCUCUUUUCGCACCUCAUCAACCACGUCAAUAUUCGCCUGCAAGCAGAGCUGGAAGAAGGCGAGAAUCCAGUUCCAGCCUUCCGGAAUGAUGGCACAGAGGAUCUGGAGGCCCGGGAACCCUUGAACUCCAUUGAGAGAGAAGCCGAAGGGGACCUGGCCAACCACCGACCCAGCGAGGAGCAGCGGAAGAGCGAGAGCAAGAAGGGCAAGAAAUAUUCGCGCCUCUCCUGCCUGCGCCGCCGCCGCCACGUCCAGAAGGUGGACGAGAGCGACCUGAGCGAGGGCUUUGACUCCGACUCCAGCCCGGAUUGCACGAAAGGGAGUGACGGCUCAGAGAGUGGCUCAGAGAAGAGCGAUGAAGAGGCCGAAGCGGCUUUUGAUGUGGAGACCGACUCGGACAUGAACAGCCAGGAGUCACGCUCGGACCUGGAAGACAUGGAGGACGAGCCAGAUGCCGAGGGGGGCAGCCAAGCCAAGGGCAUGAAGAACGGUGCCCCAGAGGCUUUGGACUCUGCGGAAGGGGAUGUUGGCAGGCUGGUGGACUUGAAAAGCCCUGGCGUUGCCAAGACUGAGCCCCUGCUGGAGCCUCCUGUGGCCAAUGGGCCAGGCUUGCUGGGCGCCAGCGAUGCCAGUAUAGCCAGCAACCUCCAGGCCAUGUCCACGCAGCUCUUCCAGACCAAGCGCUGCUUCCGACUGGCCCCCACUUUCAGCAACGUCCUCCUCAAACCAAACUGUGAGCUGCCUGCCCCGAAAGAGGCGGUGGACAGCAAGCCAUGUGUCAAUGGGGAUGUGGAGAAGUCCAAAAUGCCUGAGCAAGAUGAUGUCUCUGAGUCGGAAGAGAGUGUCUCUAGCAGUAAAUCCUGCAAGAACGAGCGUUCUCUCCAGGAGAAGCUGGAGAUCAUCACCAAUGAGGGGUUGCUGCCGACUGUCAAAGUAUUUCUGGACUGGCUGAGAACCAACACAGAUCUCAUCAUCAUGUGUGCACAGAGUUCUCAGAGUUUAUGGAACAGACUUUCUGUCCUUCUGAACCUGCUUCCUUCAGCUGGAGACCUUCAGGACUCAGGGCUGUUCCUCUGCAACGAGGUGAAGAGCAUGCUGCCUGGGUGUGAGCUGCCAGACUUGCCUGCCUGCCUGCUGCUCCCAGAGGACAUGGCCCUCCGCAACCUUCCCCCGCUGAAGAACGCGCACAAGAGGUUCAACUUCGAGCAGGACAGGCCUCUCCUUGCAGAAGUGGAGGAGUCCGUGGUUCGCAUCUGUUGCAUCCGGAGUUUCGGACACUUCAUCACCCACCUGCAAGGCAGCAUCCUGCAGUUCAACCCGGAGGUUGGGAUCUUCAUCAGCAUCGCUCAGUCGGAGCAAGACGGCUUGCUCCAGCAGGCCCAGGCCCAGUUCCGCAUGGCCGCUGAGGAAGCUCGCCGGAACAGGCUCAUGAGAGACAUGGCUCAGCUUCGGCUGCAGCUGGAGGUGUCGCAGCUGGAAGGGAGCCUCCAGCAGCCCAAAGCACAGUGUGUGAUGUCCCCCUACCUGGUCCCUGACACACAGGCUCUCUGCCAGCACCUCUGCACCAUCAGGCAGCUGGCUGCCAGUGGAAGGUUUAUUGUGAUCAUCCCACGGACAGUAAUUGAUGGCUUAGACUUCCUGAAGAAAGAGAAUGCGGGAGCUCGUGACAGCAUCCGAUAUUUAGAGGCAGAAUUUAAAAAGGGAAACAGGUACAUCCGCUGCCAGAAAGAAGUUGGGAAAAGCUUUGAGAGGCAUAAACUGAAGAGGCAAGAUCUAGAUGCUUGGAACCUCUAUAAGAUACUGGAUAGCUGCAAACAGCUGACAACCUCUCAAGGGGGCAGUGAAGAUGACUCCAGUGGGAUGGUGACCAUCCUCACAGGCUUCCAGCUGGAUGACCCAAGCAAGCUUUCUGUGCCCAUGAAGUCUGCGAUCCAGGCGGCAGCCAACGCCAGCGUCGAGAUAAAGAACGUUCUGGAAUUCUACAAACAGUGGAAGGAAAUGGGUUGAGGGGAGAGAAGCCGCUGGGUUGGUUGAAGCUCUGUCUCCCCGUCUUUGGACGUGCAGCGUUGGAACGAAAGAAGUCAAAACCACAGGCGAUAUUUGGACACGAAGCAGCUGCCGCCGCAGCAAUCCAUGAAAAACAAGCAGCUGGGCGUGUGCACGAAACACCACCCCCACAUCCACACCCCCGCCAUCCCCUCCCCAUCUCACCAAACGGGCGGCGUCUGUGGCAGACCACGCAGCCGCUUGGGGAAGAGAGAUGGAUCUCGGCCGGAUGGAGGAGAAGUGGUCUCCUUUUCUCCCAGCUGAUGGGGACGGGUGUGAGCGGUGGGUGGGAGGGCCUCCAUUCAUCUCCAAAAAGCUUGCUUGGUUUCUCGUCUCCAGGAUCCUGCAGGCAGCUUUUCGCCUACGCUUGAAACAAAAACACGACAUUUGUGACUUUUUGCCACCGGAUCCACGCUGCGAAAGAGCCGGUGAUCCUGAGAGAGGGGAUCAGGAUUUGCAGGAGGCUCUUUCAGAAUCUGGUGAUGGGGAGGAGGACGUUUUCUCUCCCAUUUUUAUUUCAUUUCUGCCCCCACUCCCUAUUGUGUUUUUCUUUUUUAUGUUUAGUGAACACCCCUCUUUGUUUUAUUCUGUCCCCUCCCUUGUCUCCCCCUUCCCCCCAAAACGGGGGAGGGUUCUUCACCUUCGAGUGUUUGAAAGAUGUCAAGGUGGCAGGGGAACAGUGAUCCUGUCUCAGCAAAGCAAAACAGCUCUCUGUAAGAAGCUUCCGAAUGAAAACAUUAUUUAUUUCCUUGGGGGUGGGGGUGGGAAGAGUUAGCUGUGAAAAGGAAACAGUGGGCCUCAUUCCCUUCCCUUCCUGCACCCUCCACUCUGCCUAUCCAAAAACCGCACCAUCUUCCCACGCCUUGCUUUUCUCAUAAAGUGUUGCGUUUCGUGAGUGGUGUCAUAGACCAUCUUGGGCUGCUUGAGCCAGGGAGGAACAAACCCCACAUUACAGCUCUCCUUUCAUUCUCGGGGAUUAAACGACCAUCUGCAUGGUGCUGUUCCACCUGCCUCCCCUUUCUAUUCCCUUGUUCACCAGACAACAGGUAACUAGAAAAUGGUGGCCCUUCUACUGGGCUUGCUUUAGGUUUCUUGGUUUGCCCUGAAAAACAAACAAACCCUAUUUUCUGUGGCUCCUUUUGGCUUUUGUAGGAGGGAUGAAGGCCUAGCUCUUGUGCAGAGCUUUUGCAAGCUAAGCAGGAGGAGGAGGAAACCUGACGGUGUCCCUUUGCCACAGAGAAAGCCAUGGGGCCUUCCUUCCCCCAGUAUUCUCUGCCUCUUCUGAAAUACCAUGAACCAGAAAGGAUUAAUUAAGGUCUGAGUGUUGAGGUUCCUGAAUAGGUCCUCUACACCUGACUCCCUUCCGCAUUUGCCAGUGUUUUAUGUUGAGCCUGCCAAAGGGUCACUGUUGGAAAGAUGCAGGAAGUGGCAAACCAUUUCUUCUUGAAGCUAGCUUUUUCUUAUGGGGGCCGGGGGAAGCCACCUCAGGGCCUAAUAAGUAUUUGCCCUAUACACCUCCCAAGUCUUCCUUCCCCACCCCACCCCACCCAGGCCUGGUUUUGACACCCUCUGGGAAGGGAAGAUACUGGAAGGGCUUGGAAGCAGUUUCCUGCGAGGACUUCCUUCUACAUUCCACUUCCCUUCCGCCAGGCAAAUAGGAAAUGGGUGAGUUGCCAGCCAUUCCUCACUCUUGUUUUC